GGUCCGAGUGUAGGAAAAAGCUCCACUGUGUCUAUUUUAGACUUUCUCAGGCGCUCUUUAUGAUCCAAAGCUUAGACUUGGAGGAAGUUCAGCUCGAUUAUAGUGAGACCCCGGUAGAGCGUCGUGCAUCUUCGCGCGAUUAGGAUUCAUAUGAGCGCGCCCUGCGCGCAAACAAGCGCGCACGUGCGUAAAGGCAUAGUUUUUGGUGAAGGACGGGGGUCCGUGUAUGAUUUGACGUGCCAAGUUGGUCGUGCAGUUUUGGAGGGAGAGAGAGAGAGAGAGAGAGAGAGAGAGAGAGAGAGAGAGAGAGAGAGAGAGAGAGAGAGAGAAAGCGAGCGUCCUUCAGGACCCAAGCACGCUUAACCCAAUGAGAUCAUUUGCGAUAUAAAUAUCUUCUUGCCCGCGGAUCCACGGUGCUCCAACUCCUGGCUCUUAGCCACCUGGACUCUGUGGUAAAAAAGACUGACAAAAUGCAGGACAUGACUUAACUGGUGCGUAGAGGGAGAAAAGAAAAGAAAAAACAGUGAGAGAGUUGUUUUGGUGAAGAAUGAAUGUUGCUCUCUUGCUCGCGCUUGGAGCUCAGCUGAUUGUCACCGCGGCUGUUUGGUUGGAGGAUCACCUGGUGGCCUCGGGUCGCCGCACUGGCACUCUGUACUGCAGGGUGGGCAUCGGCUUCCACCUCCAGAUCCAUCCCAACGGCAGAGUAAACGGGAGUCACGAGCCCAGUCACCUCAGUCUGCUGGAACUGUUUUCCCUAUCGCAAGGAGUUGUAGGAAUCCGAGGAGUUUUCAGCAACCAAUUUCUAGCCAUGAAUAAGAGAGGAUGGCUUCAUGCUACCGAGAAGUUCACUGAUGACUGUAAGUUCAGGGAGCGGUUUCAAGAGAACGGCUACAACACAUACGCCUCAGUCAUACACAAGAAUCACCGGACUGGGAGGGAGUGGUUUGUGGCACUCAAUAAAAGAGGGAAGGCAAAAAUGGGCUCCAGUCCAAGAGUGAAGUCCCAGCAUGUGUCUACGCACUUUCUACCAAGGAUGAACCUGCACACGAAACUGGAACAAGGCUUUACAAUAACGGACAAAGAGCAGGAAAGGACUCAGGCCCUGCCAAAACCUCAGAGCCCUAAAGUCACCAUGAACACGAGGCAGAAACAAACUCGAACUAUUAAGUACUGGCCAAAAUUUAGGUUUGGAUAGGCUAGCAUUGUCUUAAGCAAGUUGUACUGUAAACAAAGCAGUUUUCUCUUCCGAUUGUCAGCAUUCCAUUGAACAAGUUUUUGAGGCUGAACCUGAACCUGUUGACAUGGGGGUAUUACAAAUCUAAUACCUCUGCAAGAGCAUUUCUCAUUAAGUUCCUCAAUGUUUUUUGUGACUCUAUUUAUACAUUGAAUUUAUACUAAUCUAUAUGAGCAAUUGUCUAUAUGUGUCUAAAAAUAUGUGUCUAUUGAUUGAAUUAGAUGGACACACACACACACACACACACACACACACACACACACACACACACACACACACACACACAAACACACACACAGUUUUACGAACAAUACCAUUCAGAAUGUGCCUUAUUUAGAAAAGUGAGGAUAAUCACAAAGCACCAAAAAAAGGCACCAUUGCACUUUUUGCAUAUUCAUAUUAUCAUUUAGUUUAUAUUUUAUAUAAACUAGCCAAGCUCUCUUUUUUUCUGACACUGUUAAUGUUACACAGCAAUUGCUUUAUCUAAAUUUUUUUUUAAACAUAUAUUAAAACGUACAGCUACUAGCAAGCAAAUCGAUAACAAGAUGACAUUUAUAAAAGUUUCCAUAGGUUUUCAUCCAGAUUUCAGACAAACUGAAACUUUUCUACAAACUUUUACUGCGGGCUGAAUAUGAAAUGGGGUGGUUAUGUUUUGCUACAGCUGAGAUAGAACACGAGAAGCAUAGGUCUAAUCAUGUUUUGAAAAUAAAAGCUUCAAAGCAACAUAAUGUAAUGAUUUACCACUAAUCUUGCUUUCCUUUUUAAAUAUUGUAUUUGUGUGUGGC